CGUUUAACAUUGACGUAAAAGUGUUCGAAUAAACCGACAAAACAAAUUUUGGUCAGUCAAAAAAGAUUUAUCUAAUGGGAACAAGUCGCACGGGUUCAAAACAUUACCGAUUUGGUUAAAUAAUUAAACAAGGAUUAUUCCUGUUUUCGAAACAUGGAUGACAAGGUUUACUGCAAAAAUAAUUCAAAAACCAGAAUUAUUUACAGGUACUCUGACCGUGAGCUAUUUUCAUUUGUAAUAGAACAAUAAAUAUAUCCAGUCAAUUACAAUGAAUGAACCAGAAGAAUGUUCAAACUCUUCAGAUGAAGAGCAUUCUUCAACAUCCAACCAGCCAGUUCAAGAUGUGCUAGCAGAAUUCAGAGAAAAGUGGCAAAAAGAACUGAGAAUUUCUCCCAAACAUACUGUCACACCAACCAAAGCCAAUAAAGAGAUACAAGAUGAGAUAAUAUCAACCUCAAGUGACAUAGAAGAGCAAGCAAGAAAACUGUUCCUGAAAGGUGUUGAAAUGGAGAGAUCUGGAAAAUUGUAUGAAGCUAUACAGUUUUAUAGGAGAGCAGUGCAAAUUGUGCCAGACAUUGAGUUUCGUUUGGAACCACCCAAGAUCACUCCUAAAGAACAGCCUCCUUCAGUUGAAGAAAGCCCCAGUGUAACUAUAGAAUCAGAUGAACCUUCAGACAUUGACUCUGAUGAGGAAGAGAUAGAAGAAGGAAAACUGUUGCCCAGAAUCCAAAAAAAGUUGGCCAAAUCUCCAACAAUCUGUUACCCACAUUUUGAACAUGUUGGCACUCAUAUAUCACAGCUGCCAAUUGAAAUUAUUUUUUUAAUUCUCAGAUGGUUGGUUUCAAAUGACUUGGAUCUAAAAUCAUUGGAAUCAUUCUCUGGUGUUUGUAGAGGUUUUUAUCUCUGUGCCAGAGAUUCAGAAAUAUGGAGAUUGGCUUGUUUAAGGGUUUGGGGCUUAAAUUGUGGAUGUAGUCCAGGUUCAUAUGGAACUUGGAGGAACAUGUUUAUAGAAAGAGGCAGAGUACAAUUUAAUGGCUGUUAUAUCAGUAAAACUACUUAUAUAAGACAUGGAGAAAACAGUUUCCAGGAUCAAUUCUACAGGCCCUGGUAUAUUGUUGCUUACUUUAGAUAUUUAAGGUUUUUCCCAGACGGGAAAGUUCUCUUUCUGACAACAGCUGAAGAACCAGCUCAGUCAGUGGGUCAUCUCAAGUACAAGAACGCCAAAAACCCGGUUCUUACAGGGUAUUACAGAAUAAAAGACGACAAAGUCACUCUGAUUGUGCAAAAAAUGAACGACAAAACUGGACAAACCUUUAAGCGGAACAAACGCAAAGAUAAGGAUAACAUGUACGAAACUGCUGAACAAACAUUUCACAUGGAAUUGCAGAUUAAAAAUCACCGUCAAAAGAGACACAUGCAGUUGAUUUGGACUCACUAUUCAAUUUACACAAGAAAUGUUCUGGGUCAUGAGAGUACCUGUAACUUUGACAUUGUACCAAGCACGUUUCCCCCUUUGUGGUUCUCACGUGUAAAAAGUUACACGACCGAGUCUGAAAGUCCUUUACAAUAAAUGUAUAUUUUUCUAUAUAUUUUAGUAAAAAACCCCGUUGUUCCUUUGUUAACUAUUUGAUGAUUUAUUUCGUUUUUUGAAAACUGGUUUACACAAAUUUGUUAAUGCCGGUUGAGUUAUUUACUCAAUGUAUAUAAUAAAUGUUUUUAAUUCA